AUUUUUCUUGGUUCUGACUCUGACUUCCAAGUCCUGCCCCUGUAUUCAGGGGUCUCUUCUUGCUUCAGAUCUAAAACCCAAUUCAUGCUUUAUCAAUCCCAGACAUGUAGGGGUCCAAAUUAAAACCUCAAACUCAAGUCUCAACAAUUCCUUCUCCGCCAUCAGAUCAAGCAGAGCAAUUCAGAAUGAGCUGAGCCUGAGAUGGGAGUUCAAGAACAUGGGAAUGGGGAACUAGGGGUUGUCUGCAAUCCCCUUGGACACGAAGAACAAGUACAGGAGAAUGGACUCUGACCAUACUGAGGAUUUCCAUGAUGGUUUCGACCAAUACCACCAAGAACUUGGGAGCAAAAGAGCCAGGAAAUAUGUCCUUGCCUAUGCCGUCUUUGCAUCUCUCAACAAUGUCCUUCUCGGUUAUGAUUCCUGGUCUCUGCUCUCACCAUUUCCUUUCAACCUCAAACUCUGUACACUCGCUCUCUCUCAAUCGGCGAUGGAAAAUAUUAAGCACAGUCAUGUUGAUGUGAAGGGAGUGAAGUUGCAUGUGGCUGAGAUUGGAAGUGGUCCCAAGGCAGUGGUAUUCUUGCACGGAUUCCCGGAAAUAUGGUAUACAUGGCGGUACCAGAUGAUUGCUGCGGCCAGCGCUGGCUAUCGAGCGAUCGCCUUUGACUUUAGAGGCUAUGGACUUUCCGACCAUCCGGCCGACCCAGAAAAAGCAACCUUGUAUGACCUCGUUGAUGAAGUCGCUGGCCUUCUGGAUUCCUUGACCAUCACCAAGGCUUUCCUUGUGGGCAAGGACUUUGGUGCCCUCCCAGCAUAUCUUGUAGGUGUUGUGCACCCAGAAAAAGUGAUUGGUGUCGUAACUUUAGGCGUUCCUUUCAUGCUCCCGGGUCCUUCUGCUGUCCAGAACCACCUUCUCCCCAAAGGCUUCUAUAUGACUAGGUGGCAGGAGCCUGGGAGGGCAGAAGCAGACUUUGCCCGCUUUGACGUCAAGUCUGUCAUAAGAAACAUCUACACUCUCUUCUCUAAAACCGACAUCCCAAUAGCCGAUGAUGAUCAGGAAAUCAUGGACUUGUUCGACCCAUCUGCUGCCUUACCACCUUGGUUCUCAGAGCAAGACCUCGCAACUUAUGCCUCGCUUUAUGAAAAGUCUGGUUUCAGAUUUGCUUUGCAGGUUCCUUACAGGAGUCUCGCAGUGGAUUGUGGCAUAACUGAUCCUAAAGUAACUGUCCCUGCACUGCUGAUAGUGGGUGAGAAAGAUUAUGUUCUGAAGUUUCCGGGCAUGGAGGACUAUAUACGAAGCGGGUCAGUUAAGCAUUUUGUGCCAAAUUUGGAGAUCAUAUACGAGCCGGAUGGAAGCCACUUUGUGCACGAACAAGUCCCAGAGAAGGUGAACCACCACAUCAUCCAGUUCCUCAACAAGCAUAGCAGCUGAUUAUCUACCUCGACGCUAAAACUUCAAUGCUUUCGCUUCAUAUGAGAUGUGAUUCUUUCUUCCUCUUCUGUCGGGAUCACUUCUAAGCUGUUUGAUUUGUCUAAAAUUUCAAUCCAGUCGUAAAACUUGUAUGAGCGUGUAGCAGGGUUGUGCUUGCAUUGUGAUUAUAUAUAAUAAAGUUCAAAUCUAGGGAAUAAAGCUAGUUCGAGAUUUUGUCCGCGGCGAUGGAACGGACAACAAAGAAAACCUGAGCUGCAGUUCAGCAUGAAAUGGUUGAUACUCUUCAUACUGUGUACAUAUAAUAAAUAUUCGAUAUCUUCCAAGUUAAAGUUUGACA